UGCUUGUGGGAGCAGUGGCUGGAAUUAGUAGUUGGAGAUUUGAUUUAUGAACUUUAAAGAUUUUAAGGGGAACCCAGAUCAAAUCAAAAGCUCAAAUGUGCAGAAACAAAAUAAAGAACUCUGAAAAAGAGAACUAAAAGAGGGGAAAAAACCAGACACUUUGUUUUCAUUCUUCUCUAUGGUGAUGUCUCCUUUGAGCUUCUUAUACUAUCCUUGUCUAGGCAGAGCCAUUAAAAGCUUUUUCUAGAAUUAGAAACCUUGGUUGGACUUGGGGAAAGUUUGAACUUUGAACAAAUUGAUAAGUCAUAACAGAUAAAGACCUACUAACCAGCUGCCUCAUUCUUGAUGCUCAUCUCUAGCUCUCUCUUCAUGUCAUGUUAGUGGAUUUUGAUGCACUCAGUGAUGGCUGAUCCGGGAAAUAUUGGUGGGGUGAGGGAGUACAGGAAGGGUAACUGGACAGUCCAUGAGACUAUAGUGCUUAUUGCUGCAAAGAAGAUGGAUGAAGAAAGGAGAAUGAAGAGAAGUGGAGAUUGUGAGGAGAGGAGCAGACCAGCUGAACUGAGAUGGAAAUGGGUUGAGGAUUAUUGUUGCAAACAUGGGUGUCUGAGGAGCCAAAACCAGUGUAAUGACAAAUGGGAUAAUCUUAUGAGAGACUACAAAAAAGUGAGAGAGUAUGAGAGAAGGUUGGCUGAGGGAGGAGAUGGAGAAGAAGGGUCUUAUUGGAAGCUUGAGAAGCAUGAGAGGAAAGAGAGGAACUUACCUUCCAAUAUGUUGCCUGAGAUAUAUGAUGCAGUGGUGGAAGUGGUGGAGAAGAGAGCUGUUCAGAGGGUGACUGCUGGUAGUGGAUCAGUUUCUAACAUUGGUCUUGUCAUGGAGAAGCCUGCUGGGAUUGAUCAACCUUCAAUGCCAUCUCUACUGCCAUGUCACAGCUCAGAUCCAAAUCUUCCAUUACCACUACCACUACCACUACCUCCUCCUCAACCUCUUCCACAUUCUCAGCCAUUACCCUCAUUAGAUUCUGAUACAAGUGAGCAUUCAAACUCAUCAGCUAAGAGAAAGAGAAGGGGAGAAGGAACCAGCAGCUCUGGUAACACCUCAUAUGAAGUGGGUUCUGCAAUCUCUAAGAGUGCUUCCAUUAUAGCUGAAGCUCUCCAAGCUUGUGAGGAAAAGGAGGAGAAGAGGCACAGGGAUCUUCUCAAUCUACAAGAGAGAAGACUCAAGGUUGAGGAAUCAAAAACUGAGAUUGAUAGGGAAGGAAUUCAUGGUCUUGUUGAUGCCAUUAACAAACUUUCCAGUUCUAUCUUUGCCUUAGUUUCAAACAAGAACUCAUCUGCUCAAAAAUGACCACAGAAAAAUGAACAUGCAUGUGAUUAAGAUUGAACAGCUAAAACCCAUUUGCUUGCUUGUACAUAGACGACAACCCAUGUGUUUUUUUCCUUCUUUUUCUCAUUUCCUGGUUAUUAGAACUUAAAAACAUUCUCAUUGAUCAUAUAUAAUUAAAGGGAAACCUCUCUAUCUGAUAAUAUUUUACAUAA